UUGGGGCGAAUGACGAGUCGUCGAUGGAUGAGACGCACUUUUCGUCGGCAAGUGCAGCAGCAUUGACACCGACAGUUCAGCAAACGGCACAAAAGUUGCGGCGAUUUAUCAAGAGUUCGGCAACGGGAUUGAAGUUAUGAAUGAGUAUGAGCAACAUGGCGCAUUGACGGAUGAGAAGCGGGAGGAUUUGUCGCAGCUGGUGUCGGAAUUUAUGGCGAAGGGAGUUGUUAAAGGCGGAAGAGCGGGACAUGAAGCGAUUGCGGAAGCUACUUUGAUACUUUUCCCCGGCACGUUUGAAGAUGAUCCGAAAACAUUGGCUGAAGCACUUUACAAUCGACUUAGCAGACAAACCCAACAACGUUACGGAACCGAAUCACCUGAGGAUAUCCAUUCUUUGUUAACGGUAAAACAGGAACAGAUAUUCAGUGUUGAAGAUAUUGUCAGUGAGAAUGACACCUUUAGAAUUCCAGCAGUGUGCUUCAAAAUAACCACGCAGCGUCGUCGUCGUGCCCACACCUCGGCAAUUUGGCAUGCGUUCGACAUAAACGAAGAGACGAAUCACGCGAGAUGCCGAAAAUGCGACACCACGGUCAUGCACAACAAGAAAGCGACGAGUAAUUUGUUGAAGCACGCGAAAAAAGACGAAGAGCAUUUGAAAUGGUUCACGCGACUUUCGAGGUCGCUCCAAAAUCACAUCGAAUUUGACGAGACCCAGUCAGAUUCGGAUUACUAAGCAAAAAUUCGGGGGAAUCGCUGUCCAUGGCGCCUUACAAAAAAUCACAAAAUUAAAAAAAAUUCUCACAGACGUCACAAAAAUCAUCUUUUCGCAAAUCCUACGUAUGGAACGCCUUCCAUUUAGACCAAGAAGCGCGCAAAGCAACCUGUCGCCUUUGCAGCAAAGUCAUAACAAUCACGAAAAAAAACGGCUCCUGCAACUUACGACGACACCUGAAGCGAGACAAAACCCACGUCAAUUGGUUCAACGAAAAAAUCUCGUUGCAAGUCUUGCCCGAACCGGAAAUCAUCGAAACUGUCAAAAACGAACCCAUCCUCGAUUGAUUUUGAUUGCAUUUGUCCCGAAACCUGCCGAUUUGUAAAUAAAAAAAAUUUCCUUUUUCUCUCCUUCACGUUAGUACCAUAUGCCGUCGCACACGGAUAACACGGAAAAAAUUCGCGAAAAAGUCUUUCGGCUGGCGGAAAAGUGGAAACUCGACUACAUUUCCGCGAAAAAAGCGACGCAUCCGUCACUCUUGAAUUACAGCAAUGCGC